UAGAAAUUUUCGAAAUUCUAUAAAUAACCAGAGUAAAUUCAUUUUCACAAUUAAACAAAAAUAAUUGUCUUCAAUAAUGAUCUGCCGUAAAAUUUGUCAGAAAAAUUCACGGAGCUUCAGCCAGUGGCGGCGGUUUCUUGUUUACUCCGCCGCAGCUCCGCAGCCGUCGAUCACCGGCGAAGCCGCUCGGAGGGCCAAUUUUGAAGUGGGUUCUCUAUUUCGAGCUCAAGUCAGUAUUUUUACAAACCCCAGAACGUCGAUUUGGAACGGAGGAAAUUCUUCGAGCAUUCCGUUUGGGAUAAAAUGGUGUCGAUUCACAACUCAAACAAUGCCCGAUCAUCGUCCAAUUGGUGGUGUAGUUGACGUGCCUUUGGCACAAACUGGUGAAGGAAUCGCAGAAUGCGAACUUCUUAAAUGGUUUGUGCAGGAGGGGGACCAAGUCGAAGAAUUCCAACCACUUUGUGAGGUUCAAAGCGACAAAGCCACAAUUGAGAUUACUAGUCGCUACAAAGGAAAAGUUUAUUCGCUUCUCCAUAUUCCAGGCAAUAUUGUAAAGGUGGGAGAAACUCUUUUAAAGAUGGUUGUCGACGAAACUGCUUUCUCCAGUCAAUCUGUCGAAGCUCCAGAAAUUAUUAAGGCACAUGAUUUAUGUAUAAAAGAAUUGGACAUUGUUGACUCGAAAGUAAAGAAUGAUGGACCGGUUCUAUCCACUCCAGCUGUUCGUAAUUUUGCGAAACAAUUAGGCGUAAAUAUUGAAGAAGUGUGUGGGACCGGAAAAGAUGGAAGAAUAUUGAAAGACGAUGUGGUCAGUUAUGCUGAAGGCGUUUCGAAGGAAAGUUCGUCAUCCGUAAAUGCUUCUUGUGUUGAAAAAUACCUUGGAGCAGAAGAAAAAUCCCAAGAUAUUUCGUUGAUUUACGGGCAGGAAUUCGAAGAUAGGAUCAUUCCUCUGAGGUAUAUAUAUUAUGAGUUUAUUGCAUUUAGUACCCUUGUGUUAUAUCAAAUUGCACACAACCCCCUUAAUAGUGAGUUUUUUAGGGGUACUUUCUUUAAAAAAAGAAAAGAAAAGUAUGAAGUGAAGGUUAAAAUGGUAAAUGGCUUUACUUUUUGCAGGGGUUUUCAACGUGCUAUGGUUAAAUCGAUGACAUUAGCUGCAAAAAUCCCGCAUUUCCAUUACGUCGACGAGAUAAAUUGCAAUGCACUUGUUGAGCUUAAAGCAUCGUUCCAAAGUGAGAAUUCCGAUCCGAGUGUAAAGUACACUUUUCUCCCUGUGUUGAUAAAGUCACUUUCUAUGGCGUUGACCAAAUUCCCGUUGCUAAAUAGUAGCUUCAACGAGCAAUUGCAAGAGGUGACACUCAAGGGAUCUCACAAUAUCGGGAUUGCAAUGGCAACUCCACAUGGUUUGGUAGUACCCAACAUAAAGAAGGUUCAGUGUCUCUCAAUCUCGGAGAUUACGAAAGAGCUCUCGCGACUUCAACAAUUAGCUCUAGCUAACAAGCUUAGCUCAGAUGAUAUAUCCGGUGGAACUAUUACUUUAAGCAAUAUCGGUGCAAUUGGCGGGAAAUUUGGCUCCCCUCUUAUCAAUGUUCCGGAAGCUUCCAUAAUUGCUAUCGGAAGAAUCCAGAAACUUCCGCAGUUCGAUGAAGAUGGAAACAUCUAUCCUGCAUCGGUUAUGACUAUAAAUAUAGGUUCGGAUCAUAGAGUUCUUGACGGGGCGACAGUAGCAAAAUUCUGCAACGAGUGGAAGCUGUUUAUCGAAAAACCCGAGCUUUUGAUGCUGCAUAUGAGAUGAUGAUUCGUAGCUGACGGAAUAUUCCACUGAUGGACGGAAUAUUCCGAGAAAUUAAUUCAUAAGGGCUGGUGUAGCUGUAAUAAAAUGGCUUGUGUGCUACAAUUUCUUGAAUUCUUCUUAAUGAUGGAAACUCUUUUUUAAUUAUAUUUCUAAUUUCAGUAU